AUGGAAGCAGCACUCGAAGCAAUCAGAAAUCAAUUGGAGAACAUUGCUGGUGCUCAAGAAGAGCAAACAGCAAGGCUUGCCGAGCAAGCCACGAGGAUGGAGGUUGUCGAGACAAGGCUCCAGCAGCCGGUUGUGGUCGAUGCAAACACUAACCCUAGACCUCGUCCAGAAGAAAGGGGAAGGGAAACCCGAGCUCCUCCACCCUUGGUUCACGAAGUACAACUUCAUAUGCGCGAGCAUAGACGCCUUGGAAUGCCUCGUGCUGAAAGGAGAGAGCGACACUAG